CCAGGGAGGGCGGUGCGGGCGGGUCAAGCGUCAGGCUCGGACUGGGGAGACCGCCUUCGCUUUCGCCCAGUCUCAGGUCGACUGCGAACCCUGUCAGCUUGGGUGUCUGUGUUCCUGAAGUUUGGUCGGUUGCUCGGGCGGCCCACGCCGAGUCCUUCCCCGGAUCACGUCCAGAGGCGGGCCAGCCUCAGGAGGACCGCCAUGGGCCCGCGCCGACCUCUCGACCUGAAAGACCCUAACUCCCGCGCACCUCCAGGGCAAGAGCCCCUGUGUAUGUUUGUUUUCGAAUUUAGCCCUGUCCAAUCUCGGAGUUAGAAUAGAGGGUUCAUCCCAGGGUCUGUACACAUCAGGACAGGAGUUCAGUCCUCACAGAGAAGCCUGUUACAUUUUGGAGAGAACUAAGGUCUUCCUCACCUAAUUUUCAUCGUCUGGUUUUACUCAGAACGACACCAAGCUAGUCCCAUAUUCAGAGACAGCUGCCAUUUAUUUACCCUCCCACGCCCUUCCUUUUUGGGUUCAUGCUCCCAUGUUAUUUCACCUGGCUCUUAGAUGGCUUCAUGUCUAAGGCCCUUUAUGCUGGCAAUUCUCUUCUGGAUCCAUUCCCAUUUUUCAGAGACUCUCCCAAAACUGGGUUCCAAAGUACAUUUGUAGCAAUGCAGUUCUCAAGUCAGACCUGAAUCCUAAUCUAGGGCUGUGCCAACAGAGUGUGUAUCUUUGGGUAUGCAAAGAAGCCUUUUCACCCAGAUGUCCUUGGAGAUAAUAUGGAUCAGUCCGGAGUUCUCCUCUGGGUGAAAGCAGAACCCUUUAUAGUGGGUACCUUGCAGGUCCCCCCUCCAUCCAAAUUUAGUCUUCACUAUCUCAGGAAGAUAUCCAGCUAUGUGCGAACCCGGGCCACAGAGGGAGCCUACCCACGCCUCUACUGGUCUACAUGGAGGCACAUUGCAUGUGGGAAGCUGCAGUUGGCUAAGGAUCUGGCAUGGCUUUACUUUGAAAUAUUUGAUAGUCUUUCCGUGAGGACACCUGAGGAGCGGCUGGAAUGGUCUGAGGUUCUGUCCAACUGCAUGUCUGAGGAUGAAGUUGAAAAGCAGAGAAAUCAGGUUUCAGUGGACACCCUACAGUUUCUGCUCUUCUUAUACAUACAGCAGUUAAAUAAAGUCUCCUUGAGGACAUCUUUGAUUAGAGAAGAGUGGCCCAGUCCCAGAAACAGAUCUCUGUCUCCUGACCUGACUGAAAAAUCCAGUUGUCAUAAUAAGAACUGGAAUGAUUACAGUCACCAAGCCUUUGUCUGGGAUCAUCUAUCAGAUCUUCUUGAGCUGCUUUUAGAUCCAGAACAACUCACUGCAUCAUUUCAUUCAACCCAUAGUAGUCUGGUGUCUCAAGAAGCUGUUGUGGCACUUAGCUUUCUUAUUGAAGGUACAGUAAGUAGAGCCCGGAAGAUCUAUCCACUUCAUGAACUUGCACUGUGGCAACCACUGCAUGCAGAAAGUGGCUUCUCAAAGAUCUCUAAGACUUUCUCUUUCUACAAGCUGGAAGCCUGGUUGAGAUCCUGUUUGACUGGGAAUCCAUUUGGUACAUCCGCUUGCCUCAAGUCUGGAAAGAAAUUGGCUUGGGCUCACCAAGUUGAAGGGACAACAAAAAGAGCUAAGAUUGCUUGUAAUACUCAUGUGGCCCCUAGGAUGCAUGGCAUGGUGGUGAUGAGCCAGGUUUACAAGCAGACGUUGGCCAAAAGCUCAGAUACACUGGUGGGGGCACAUGUAAAGAUUCAUCGGUGCAACGAGUCUUUUAUAUAUCUGCUCUCCCCCUUACGAUCUGUGACAAUUGAGAAAUGCAGGAAUAGCACCUUUGUCUUGGGCCCUGUAGAGACUACUCUUCACCUACACAAUUGUGACAAUGUUAAAGUCAUUGCUGUUUGCCACCGUUUGUCCAUCUCUUCUACCAUAGGAUGCAUCUUUCACAUUCUGACGCCUACGCGCCCACUUAUUCUGUCUGGGAACCAGACAGUAACUUUUGCCCCUUUUCAUACCCAUUACCCAAUGCUAGAGGACCAUAUGGCCAGGACGGGCCUUGCUACCGUGCCUAACUAUUGGGAUAAUCCAAUGAUUAUGUGCAGAGAGAACAGUGAUGCUAAUGUCUUCCGGCUCUUACCACCUUGUGAAUUCUAUGUAUUUAUUAUUCCCUUUGAAAUGGAAGGGGACACAACAGAGAUACCUGGGGGUCUGCCAUUUGUGUAUCAGAAAGCACUUGGUCAGAGAGAACAGAAGAUACAAAUCUGGCAGAAAACUGUGAAGGAGGCUCGUUUGACAAAGGAUCAAAGGAAGCAGUUCCAGGUACUUGUGGAGGACAAGUUUUAUGAAUGGUUGAUUAAUACAGGACAUCGCCAGCAGCUGGACAGCCUUGUCCCUCCUGCGGCAGGCUCCAAACAAGCAGCCGGAUAGGGAUCCUACAUCAAAAUACUGGGCUCUAGAAGCACGAGGAUGAAUGGAGGAUGGUGCUCAUCUUGAAACUAAAUUGGGAAGGCACUCUUGCUGCUUAAGACAUGUUGGGGCUUUUUCUUCCUAGUUAAGACUUUUUGAUUUUCCUUCCAUAUUCAUUUAUUACUGUUUAGGUUGAGUUUUAGCUAAACUUCUGACUUUUAUAUAAACAUUGUUUAUAGACUAUCAGAAGACUCAUCUUUAUGAUGCUAAAAUAAAAAUGUUGAUAAAAGCAGUCCUAUUGUAUAUAUGUUAAUAUUAAAGUGAUUGAAUGUAGAUUUGCAAGUCUACUGCACAUUUUAAUUUGUAUGCAAGGAUUUCAUCCUUUCUGGAGUUAAAUAAGAGUUUUAUAGUUCUUUGUAAUUAUUUAAAAGGAAAUUGCUAAUCCUUUUAAAAAUAGUUGGAAUGAAAGUAUGAUUUGUUGAUGUAUAAAUAUAGUAGAAAGUUUUAUAUGAAGAUAUUUUAGUCCUUAAAAUAUGAAACUUAAUGAAAUUGUGUAAAAAUCUUUAUUUUUCAUUUUCUGUUUCAAGUUUUCAAUAAACUAAAGAGUAAUGUAUUCCUUUUGAACACAGAUAAAGUUUUACUUUUCACGUUAGAAAAUGUUUCCAGUGUCAUUUUGUGACAUAUCAAAGUAAAAUUUACAUUUGAUUGGGAAAACCCUAUUCUUGAAGGUAAAGGAAAACAAUGAUCAAAUUAGUGAAUGAAUCAGAUCACUGAUAAACAUUGUUUCAUAUGCUUAUUGGCCAUUUAAUUCAUAAUUAUAUCAAAAAGGGCUUGCUUUCAUAUUUCUAAAGUAGAAAUUCAUCUUCAGAAUAUUAACUCUAAUUGAAGUUUUCAUAGUUUUUCUUUUAAGAUGAAAUUCAAGCAAGUAGAGCAUUACCAAAUAAAGAAACACUGAGAUAAUAGAAGUAUAUUUUGGAAAAUACUCUUUGUUAAUGAAAUUAAUGGUAUUAAUCAGAUAACUUAUUUAAAUUUUAUAAAAUUCAGAAAACUAAGCAUAUAGUUUAAUACUCUGUUUCUCAUUAAUCUUCUUAUCAAGGCACAAUUGCCAUCUUCUGAAUUGACCAUCUUCUGAUUGACAUCUGGGAGGUAUCCCAUUUAUAAAAAUAUUUGCUGAAAUCUUGGUUAUUAGAAAAAUGAGGAAGUCAGACUUUUGAGAAGAAUACACUUGACCAGGAAAAUUAAAAUGGAGAAGAGUUGAUUUGUUGUUUCUUUGAGUUUACAUAAGAUGUAAUCUCUUCCCUAAAGUCAGAGGUAUAUUAAUAGCCAAAAAAUACUCUCUGAACAUGUCCCAAUAUAAUAUCAUGGGCAGAGAAACACCACCUAGUGGGUGGCAAGUUGGACUUAGCUAAACCUUUGCAAAUUCAGGAGUCUCGUGGUAGUUUUCUGUCUCUCUACAUACUAUGGCACCCUUCUGGUGAUUAAAACUCUUUCUUUCUACAAACUUGGGUUUAUAACACUACAGAGCAGCCAUGUUGUAUGAGAGAGAAAUAAACUUCUAUUUUGUUUUUUUAAAAAAAGAACUCUUUGGUUUUAAAUUUGUGUUUGAAAGAAUUUCAAACUUAAGGAACAGUUGCAAGAAUUGAUCAGUGGACUCCUACAUACCCUUUUGUCUACAUUCACCAAUUGUUAACAUUUUGCCAUACUGAUUUUACCACUCUUUAUAUAAUAGUAUUAUUUUAUUUUUGCUCAAUUUAAAUGUAGGUUGCAGACAUCUUGUACCUUCACUCCUAAGUCUGUUACCAUGCAUCUCCUAAAAACAAAGACAUUCUCUUACCUAGUAAUAGUGAAUGAUCAAAUUCAAGAAGCUAAACUUUGGCAAAUAGUAUGUAUAGUCCACAUUAAGAUUUUUUUCUAACUGUCCCAACAAUGGCCUUUGUAGUGACCUUCCCCCCCAAACACAAGAUCAUGCAUUGCCUUUAGUUGUCAUUUAAGUUCUUUUGCCUUUGGAACAUGUCACUUCUGUCCAGAAAUAGAGGAUGAUCUUUGGACUUUUAUUUCCUGUAAGCUUUGUUGAAGGAAAAAAGACAUUAGGAAUUUCAAAGAGGCUGCUUGCUAAAAAAAAAAAAAAAA